AUGGGGUCCAACGAGGCAGACAAGCCGCUGCGGUGGAUCGGUGCAUCGUUCGAGCAGUUCGCGGCCGUCGCCAAGCCGCAGCAGCAGCCCACGAUGGCGGCGGGGGACUUCUCGCGUGCCUGCUCCAACAUCUCGGUCCUCUUCGGCUGCCUUGACAUCGCCUUCAAAUUUGCCGAGAUGGACUACGUCGCCAAGCAUUGA